AUGUCACUCCCAAUCACGAAACCCGCCCAGACUUCCAUCCGAUCCUUCUUCUCAGCCAAGGCUCCCAAAUAUGCGCCUCCACCUUCUCAAUCCGGCCCUGUUGAACUCUCGAGUCCUCCCCCGCCGCCAGCAGCAGCUGUCCCUCCACCGACCACAAGCUCGUCAGACUUGACGACUCCUUCGACAUCCUCGCUCGACAUCCCACCUCUCCCGACCUCUCUCCCUCAAGAAGCUACAAUCCGACUCGUCUCGGGCGAAGAUGUGAACGCUCUACGUCGUAUCAACGCCCUGUUGCUUCCCGUUAGCUAUCCCGACAACUUUUACCAGCGCGCCUCGGACCCUACAGCCUCUGGUCGCUUCUCCCGGGUCAUCACUUGGUCACACGAUGGUGCCGAGCCCAAGGUCGUUGGUGGGGUUGUUUGUCGCGUUGAGCCUACGCUCGAUCCCAACAGUCAAGGCACGGUACCUCAGAACCUCUACAUCCAGUCCCUUUGUCUGCUCUCGCCAUACCGAUCGCUGGGACUCAUUAACGCCGCCGUUGACAACAUUGUUGCGACUGCUGUGUCCGAUCCCAAUUUGAACGUAACAACUGUCACAGCACAUGUAUGGACUGAGAACGAGGAGGGGUUGAAGUGGUAUGAAGGCCGAGGGUUCAAGCGCGAGAACCAACCCAUUCAGGGCUAUUAUCUCAAACUGCGUCCGAACUCGGCCUGGCUGGUCAGCCGGCCCACUGGCGCUUCUGUCCGAAGCUUGAUUCCUUCAUCCUCCUCUGCGCCUCAACAUUCUCUGCCUGAGAGCGCAACGGCCCCAGUCGCCAAUUUGUCUGGAUCGUCGGGGCCUCCUAUGAACGGCACUUCACGACCCAACAUGCCCCCCUCUGGAAAGUCCUACCAGAACCAACGACCCGAAACCGAGUGGAACGAUCUGCCCGAGGACAUGGCGAGCAGUCGACUUGCACCACCACCCCGUGGAGCGGCUGGGGGUACUGGGUCUAAUACAAGCUCUAGGAGUAGCUCUGCAGCUCGUAAGAAGAGAGAUCGCUCUUAUCCCGCGGCGGCCUUUGGUAGCUAA